AUGGAAACUGGGUUAGCAGGGUUAACAUUAAAUGAAGAUGAAGAAGCAGUCUUACAAAUUCAGGAUGAGUCGCUCUCAGGUGAAGAGAAGGAAGUUUUUAGGUUAGUAGGUUGUUUCUUAACAGCUAGUGUCAUUCACUUCCCAGCAAUGAAAAGUACUAUGGCCAAUCUUUGGCAUCCCGUGCAGGGUGUUCAAAUUCGGGAUCUAGGAGAUAAGCGUUUCUUGUUCCAAUUUUAUCAUGUUAUGGAUAUGGAAAGGGUCUUGAAAGGGGCACCUCGGACUUUUAAUAAUCACUUAUUGAUGCUACAUAAGUUACAAUGGGAGGAGGAUCCUUUACAAGUGCCUUUAUUUUUUACGCCUUUUUGGGUGCAGAUUUAUGAUGUCCCUAUUAGACUAUUUUCUGAAAAUCUGGCAGUGCAGUUGGGUAAUUUUGUGGGGAGUUUCCUUGAGUAUGAUGAAUCGAAUUUGGGGAAAGAAAAUAGAAACUAUAUGCGAGUAAGAGUCCAGAUUGAUGUUAGACGACCGUUGAAAAAGAAAAAAUAG